GCUCCCCCUGUAAACAUCAGCUCGUCACCAUUAAACGUAGCUACAUACACACACACCAGAUUAGCUGUAAGCCGUCACCUCAGCCGUCCUGCUGGGCAUCGCUGAUGUCAUGAAUGUCCUGGAACCACAACGGCGCCCUCUUCAAGAUAUCCCCCGCGAGGCCACGCUUGGUUGCGCAUUCUUCCUUGACAUUAUCUUUGUGGCAGUCUGUCAAAAGCUGCACCAGCACCCUUCAACUAUCUCGCUUUGCCGAGUCACCUUCCUGCACAAGCCACAGCUUAUGCCCAGAAAGCAGAUUCAUCCAUAUGCCGUUCUGGGCCCUUAUCAACCAAGGGCUUCCUGGUGUCAAUGUUACCAACCCUGGGGCACACGAUCUCUUCGCCUUCGAUUCGCUUGUUCGACUGGCUGGUCGCCCAGUUAAAUUACCACACUAGACACGCUGCCAAGUCCUGCCAAGACAUACCAAGAGAAUCCAAGACACCACCAAGACACUCUAAGCCCUUCGUCAUUUCUCGCGCUCCAUCUUAAGCCCCACCUGAUCUUUUCACGUGUCCCUAUGAUCCGUUGAUCGG